AUGGCGGCCCGGAUGAGGGUUGAGGGGUGGAAGGUGCGGAGCCUGUGGUACAGGUCUCUUUCAGCGCGUGCGCUGCGCUACUUGGUCGUCAUGGAGGAAGUCUUGACCGAGGAGCUUGAUGAGGAGGAACAGCUGGUGAGAAGGCAUCGCAAAGAGAAGAAGGAGUUGCAAGCCAAAAUUCAGGGCAUGAAGAAUGCUGUUCCCAAGAAUGACAAAAAGAGGAGGAAGCAACUCACAGAAGAUGUUGCUAAGUUGGAAAAAGAAAUGGAACAGAAACAUAGAGAGGAACUGGAGAAAUUGAAGUUGACUUUUAAGGACAAUAAGAUAGAUUCUGUUGCUGUUAAUGUUUCAAACUUGGUACUUGAGAAUCAUCCACCUCGGAUAUCAAAAGCACAAAAGAGACGGGAAAAGAAAGCUGCAUUGGAAAAGGAGCGAGAAGAAAGGAUAGCAGAAGCUGAAAUUGAGAACUUAUCUGGAGCCAGACAUAUAGAAAGUGAAAAACUUGCUCAAAUAUUGGCAGAUAGACAGUUGGAAAUCAAGCAGAUUACAUCUGAUGGCCACUGUAUGUAUAGAGCCAUUGAAGAUCAACUGAAAGAACAGAAUUGUAUUUUGACUGUGGCUGCCUUGAGAAGUCAAACUGCUGAAUAUAUGCAAAACCAUGUGGAAGACUUUUUGCCAUUUUUAACAAACCCUAAUACAGGAAAUAUGUAUACCCUAGAAGAGUUUGGAAAGUACUGUGAUGAUAUUGUAAACACAGCUGCAUGGGGAGGUCAACUUGAGUUAAGAGCUCUGUCUCACAUUUUACAGACACCAAUAGAAAUAAUACAGGCAGAUUCUCCUCCUAUUGUUGUUGGCGAAGAAUAUCCAAAAAACCCAUUAAUGCUUGUAUAUAUGAGACAUGCAUAUGGCUUAGGAGAACAUUAUAAUUCUGUUACACGGUUGGUAAACACAGCUACUGAAAAUUGCAGCUAGUUUACAAAAUAUUAGACAAUAAUACUUUAGUACAGUGUCAAUCUGAGUAUUCCUACCAAGUGCUGGAUUGUUCUAAAUGCUACUGAAAAACACAACUACCUUAAAUAAGUUUUAUGGCAAAACAACUUACAGGCUUUUUAGAAAUAUAUCAGAGAUAAACUUUAAUCAGUGUCCUCUUAGUGGAAUUUUUAAAACUUGAAAGUCCAUUGUGAAGAAUGCCAUUCAUAGACAAGAUGGUACCCUAUUUGCUGAUUCUUUUCUUUAUAUAGUGUCCUGCACAUUCUGUUUUGUGUUGGAAUAAAUUUUAAAUUUUUAAGAUUUCCCCCCAUUAUUACAAACUUUCAAAAUAACCAUUUAAAUGUAGUUUUUAUUGAAGAAAUGACUCCAUCUCUUUAUUGCAGUAAUUUAGUAUGGUGAUGGAAAAUUUAAUUAAUGCUUAUGAAAUGAACUUGAUUGUAGUAACCUUGAUAUUGAUGGGAUUAAUACAGUGAAGCCUUAUAUAUAGCCCCAUCAAAGCACAUCUAAGAAGUUUGCUUUAAUAAGAAUUUUAAAAUAUUUAUUUAGAUGGGAAUCAGUUGUUUAAAGAAAUGAAACAAAUUUAAAGGUACGAGGUGUCUUCUGUCAAAUUUCAACCUCUAAAGAAUAAGAUGAGCCUUGUAUUUGUGUGUAACUUAAAAAAGACCUAACAGGUUAAUGUCUUUCUAAUUCAUUUAUUUUUCUUUGGUGUUUCUUAAACUUUAAAUGGCAGUUAGUACCAUCAUCUCUUGAUUUCCUUCAUAGCUACACAUUUUUAUAUUUUAUAUUAUGUUUUCUCAAUCAAUACUCAACUGCUUUGCUUGCCUUGCAAACUUUUUGGUGGAAAACUAAAACAUUUUGUGGCCUCUUUUACUCUUUGCCUUGUGCAAGCCGAGGGAGUAGCAUUGUUAAAAGGUUCAAGGUUACAUUUACUUAGAACUCUUAUCCUUUCCAAUUUGUCUUAUAAGAUAUCUCCCUUUUUGCUUUUGGAUUGGAAGAAAGCCCUGUUACUGUUAUUUUAUUGGCCUUAUUAGUAUUAACUUUCCUUCACCUCAGGUAUUUUGAGAAUUUUUAUGUUGCAUAAAUGGAUAAAGUUGAAAGCUACUACUAUUUGUGAGCUAAGACCUGUGUAUAAUAAUUUUCUAUGUGGAUGAUUUAUCUAGCACAGAUUUCAGGAUACUCAUAACAGUAUUCUUUCUAAGAUGAUAGUACCUAUGUAUACAAAUGUUUCUGAUGAUUUGUUAUGUAAGGAAAUAUGAAAAUGAGACUUGGUUUAAUCUGUUUUUCCCAAAUUAGAAAUUUGGUAAGAUUUACCAUCGGGUUUAUAGUAUUUGAAUUUUUGCUUUAUGAAUACAACUAAUUUUUAUAAUAUUGAGUUUAUAAUAUUAAAAAUGAGGUAUCAGCUUUCUUAUAUGCCCAACAGGUGACAGUGAAGGUGGUAGGUCAAUGAGAGCAAGUAGUACUUCCCGACAGCACUCUGAUUCAAAAGGUUAAAAACUACUCUGCUUGCCAAGCAGAAUGUAUUCUGCAUGCUGCCUGUUUUGUAACCCUUGAUCUGAAAUUUUGGAGGCCUGAAAUUUAUAAAAGAAUGAAAUUAUAAAAUGCUGAAUGCUUUGGGUUUAUUUUGAAUUAAUCUGUUACUUUAAAAUCAAAAUACCAGCAUUAAGAGGUAAUAACACAAAAUAUUAUGAACUUGUUAUUAUAAAUUUCAUCUACAGCUAAAGAUUCUAAAAAAACUUGUUGGUAGGUUUUUUUCCCCUAAGAAUUAGGAUUUUUUGAUAUGUUUAUUUUACAUUUUGUUAAUAUUUUAAAAUUUUUGAGUGACUAAUAUGGUUAUGGACAAGAUAUGUAUGAUCAGCUUCUAUUCUGUCAUUCUGUUCUAUCAUUUUAGCUAUAACCUAAAAAUGUUUUUUUUUUUAAAAUGGCAGAUAUCAUUUAAAAGCAACAUGUAUUAAUUUAGUUCGCUGUAUUAUGAUGGUCUAAUGGAAGUUUUAUAAGCUUUCUUUUGUCCUAACUCAGAAGAGUAUAUGUCAAAGUUUUGGAAUAUGUCUUUGGCCAAGAAUUUUCUCCACUUUAAAUGUUUACAACUUGUACAAAGCAAAAAAGAAUGUGUGUAACUAUAUUGAGCAAUAUAGUUUUACUCAUAUUAUGUUUGCCAAAAACAAAUAAAAGAUGAAUGGAUUAAAUCACCA